AUGCAAUCAGGCGUUCGAGUGUACGCAUUGGGAACGUACGAGCUAUAUAACCUGCACCGUUAUAUGGCGAAGGCUUCCCAUACAUUGCAAAAAGGUGCUGUCGUCCAACACACUGCCAAAGACCACAACCUGAAAGGUCAACUGCCUGAAGGGAGCAUGGAAUCUUUUGCAACAACCAUUCGUUUCGUCACGCUGAACUGCCGAACACUAUCGAGUGAACUCCAACAAGCCGCUCUCUUCAGACUUCUGCGAUAUCUCUGUGUGCCUUUUGCUGCACUGCAGGAAACACGCAUGAGAGAUCGACCCGUCAUCAGCAUCGAAAAUUACACCAAAUACUGCGGCGAUGCUGAUGAGAACAAAGUAGGUGGCUGCGCGAUAGCUGUGAGGAACGAUUACAAGAACCUGGUGGAGGAAUUUGGCUCAACGUCGUCUAGAUGCGCCUUUCUACGACUGCGGGAUCGCAGAGGACGUAAGCUCUGGAUCGUAAGUGCUCACACACCUACGGAAACCGCUGAGGACAACAGUAAGGACGCCUUCUAUGAUGAACUCAAUGCGUUGAUGUCUAAAAUACCAAGCCAGCAGGUGGUCAUUGUCGGAAUCGACGCAAAUGCGAAGAUGGGACUCGAACAGCAAUCCGAUGUGCUGCGAAAAUGGUAUUAUCCAGCGGAGCGCACGUCGGACAACGGUAACCGUCUGGUCGACUUGUGCGAACAGACGGGCCUCAUCAUCGCGUCCACGUUUAAGAGGAAUCAUCGACGCCAUCAGCUCACGUGGCAGGGGCCCGACUGUGUUCUGGCGAGGAACAUUCCUCAGUCAGAUAUCCGAAAAUCUAGAGCUGUUUGGGACGUCGCGUUCGACUCAGACCACCGUCCAGUUCUUCUCAGCUUCAAGAUACGGUUCCACAAGAGAAACCGAGGAGUUCCUCUCCAUCCGAAAAUCGACAUGGCAGGUCUGAAAGACGAUGAAUGCAGAACAGGAUUCCGCCAACGUGUGUCUAUUCAUGUUGGAGUACGGACCAGAAAGAAGCUUAGCGAUGCGGAUUCCUUCACAAAGUGCAUCCAGGACGCUGCAAGGGAAACGCUCCCGGUUCUAUUGCUGCGGAAGAAGUUUGCCUUUGCAUCUGCGGAAACAAAAUCCACAUACAAUUCUGUAUGUGUCGUGCGCAGCGCUGGUGACUUCAACCAGGAAAAGCGUCUUAGAAGGAAGCUGUGUCGUCAACUGCAACAAGACCGCGAUAACGAGUGGACGUCAAGAGCGAUGGAGUUCGAGAAGGCGUGGGAGGACAGGAACCCGCGGAAAGCCUAUGCUCUACUAGAACAGUAUAGCGACAAAAUGAAAAGAUGUUCCCCUGUCCUCAACACUGCCAAUGGGGUAGUUGUCUGUGAAGCAACCCUUCCAGUUUGGAAGGAACACUUCAAGACCUUGCUGAACCGGCUAGCACCGUCAGCCCCUGAACUCGAACACGUUCAUAGACCGACAUACGCAGUUAACGAGAAGCCACCGACCGUGUCGGAGUUCCUGGUCUGUAUUCAAAAAAUGAAGAAUGGAAAAUCUGGCGGAGACAACAGGAUUAGCGCAGAAAUGCUAAAAUAUCUUCCUCCGUCUGGGGACUCGUGA